CAUUUCCGUCUUGGCUCUCUCCCAAUUUCAACUUUUCUAAUGACAAGAAAAUAGGACCAAGCGCAAGCUGUCUUCCAUAACUGUCACCUGCGUCCCCCCACCCCACCGUAUAUUACACCCACCGUCUCGGCCCUCUCUUCCGCUUUCGUUUUAGGGCUUCGCCCGCCGAUGUGAACCCCCAAUUCCGCUUCCCUGAUCGAGCGCCGUUCCGUUGCCGGGAUCGUUCGGGAGCUUUUCGGCGGAUCCUUCGGGGAUCUCGUCGCUCCCCAUGCUGCUUGCGGCUUACCCCCUAGAAUGAAACUGAGAUCCCUUCCACCCAUCGCCGCCUCCUGCUGCUCGUCCGCUCGCACCGUUGCCCUCGUCUCCAUGGCUCCCCUCCGGGUCGCCGCCGUUCGGGACGUGGAGAGCACCCUCUCCGACGAGUCCCCCACCACCAAGAAGCCCGUCGGCGCCCGUGACACCAGGUUCCCGCUUAGCCAGUGGGAGGCCGCCGCCGCCGCCUCCAUCUUCAUGAUCUUCGCUGUCGGCCUAUUCUGCAUCUACCUCACCAUGCCGGAGGCCGACUACGAUAAGAUCUUCCGGCUGCCGCACAACCUCGCCGAUCUUCGCGUCCUCAAGGAUAAUAUUGCUGUGUAUGCAAGAGACUGUCAAGCAAAAUUUAUGCUAGGGUACUGUGCAACAUACAUCUUCAUGCAGACAUUUAUGAUUCCGGGCACUAUAUUCAUGUCAUUGCUGGCUGGAGCUCUUUUUGGGGUCGUCAAGGGUGUUGUUUUGGUCGUUUUUACUGCCACUUCUGGUGCAUCCUCCUGCUAUUUUCUUUCCAAGUUGAUUGGAAGGCCUCUGGUUAGCUGGUUGUGGCCUGAAAAGUUGAGAUUCUUUCAGGCAGAGGUAGCAAAACGCAGAGACAAGCUGUUAAAUUAUAUGCUUUUUCUGAGGAUAACUCCAUCAUUGCCUAACACAUUUAUAAAUGUGGCAUCUCCAAUUGUGGACAUACCUUUCCAUGUUUUUUUUCUUGCAACAUUGGUUGGUCUUAUUCCAGCAUCUUACAUCACUGUCAGAGCUGGUCUUGCUCUUGGGGAUUUAAAAUCACUCAGAGAUCUCUAUGACUUUAAGACAUUGGUAGUUCUGUUUUUUAUUGGAUCUAUCUCCAUAUUACCAGCCGUCCUCAAGAGGAAGCGGACAUAUGAAUGAGUCUUCCAUGAUCAAUUUGCUCGGAGCCAUUAGAACUCUGAAGAAAGGGAAAGUUGUGCAGAGUGAUAGCGCAUUUGUUUUUGUUUGGUUAUAUCUGUGGAUGGCAGGCAUUGGCGUAUUUUCACAUUUCAUAAUUUGUUUAAUUAGAUCACCAAAAUUGGCACCUAAAAGGAAGCUAUAUUGCAGAACUGAAAUGUAAUCUUUUGACUGAUAAAAGAAGGAAUCAACUUUUUUUUUU